AUGAUGGGGAGUAGAGAAGGAGGGGAAGACAAAGAAGACCCACCAUCUGAAUAUCAUGUGGAGGAAUUGGUUAAGCCUAGUGACUCUAAUGAACAGUUUUCUGAAGUGACAUCUUCUUCUGAGCAGCCUAUAAUUUCCAUGCAUGCAAUUUAUGGAACGACUGGCUUCCAAACCAUGAGGGUUUGCUGCAGGAUCAAGCAUCACAAGCUAAUUAUCUUGGUUGACUCAGGCAGCACCCGUAACUUCAUUGAUGGGAAUGCUACCAAGGCCGUGGGAUUGAAAGUCGACUCUAGGUCCAAAACUGAAGUCACCAUAGCUGAUGGCACCCUCGUAGUGACUUGGGGAUCUUGCCAGAAUUUAACUUGGCAUAUGCCCACAGUCUGGGAUUUUUCUGUUUUAACUAUGCAUUUCCAGCAUAACGGUGAAUGGAAGUUACUACAAGGUUUGGUCCUUGGCCAUCUGCAAUUAAGCCAAACUAAGCAAACUUUGAAGCAGCUUAAUUCUAUGAUGGUCAGUAACAGGCAUCAACCCUGCACAUUGAUGUUGGCCGAGUGUUCUCAAUCACAGCUGAAGUUAAGUGCCCCUGAUAAGGUUGUUAUGGAUUUGCAGCAGCUACUAGAUAAGUAUUCUGGGAUCUUUGAAGAACCUAGGGGCUUGCCACCCCACAGACCUCAAGAUCAUAGGAUUCCACUUAAAGAUGAAUCCAAAACAGUAAAAAUUAGGCCUUAUAGACAUCCAAAUAUCCAGAAGAAUGAGAUAGAAAAGAUGGUGAAGGAAAUGUUGGAGUCUGGUGUUAUUAGGCACAGCAGUAGCUCAUUUGCAUCCGCUAUAGUCAUGGUUAAGAAGAAGAACGGGUCCUGGAGGAUGUGUGUGGAUUACCGUCAGCUAAACCAGUUAACCAUUAAAGACAAAUUCCCUAUUCCACUAAUUGAAGAGUUACUCGAUGAGCUCAUCGGUGCAAAAUUUUUCACCAAGUUAGAUUUGAGGUUUGGUUACUAUCAAGUUAGAAUGCAUACAGAAGACGUUCACAAAACAACCUUCAAGACACAUGAAGGCCACUAUGAGUUCCUUGUAAUGCCCUUUGGGCUUACUAAUGCACCCUCCACCUUCCAAAGCAUUAUGAAUGCUCUCUUCAAGCCUUACCUCAGAAGGAAGGGAUCAUCUAAUAUGGUGGCAGAUGUCUUGUCAAGAAAACCUGUGCCUCCAGCAAGUUUGAUGGCUAUUUCUUCAGCUAAAACUGAACUUUGGGACAAAAUCCAAGCUUCAUGGGAGAAGGAUGAGCGGUUGCAGAAAAUCAUUCAGAACCUACGGGGGGGAGUGUUUUCUAAUUCCAAAUAUACGUGGACUAGGGGGCAAUUGCACAGAAAGGGUAAACUGGUAGUGGGAAAUGAUAAAGAAUUGAAGAAGGAAUUGCUACUAUAUUUCCACAGUAGUCCCUUUGGAGGUCAUGCAGGAAACCAAGCUACUCUUAGUAGGAUUUCUUCAGUUCUGUAUUGGAAGGGCAUGAGAAAAGAUGUAAGAAAUAUGGUUAAAGAAUGCUCUAUCUGUCAAAGGCACAAGAGUGAACAUGCAGCCCCUCCAGGCCUUUUACAACCAUUACCUAUCCCAACUAAAAUAUGGGAGGAUAUAUCAAUGGACUUUAUUGAAGGGCUACCAAAGUCUGGAGGUAAAGAUUCUAUACUUGUAGUGGUAGAUCGCUUGAGCAAAUAUGCCCAUUUUAUACCCCUUGCGCACCCUUAUACUGCUAUAGAUGUAGCUCAAGCUUUUAUGAAUCAAAUUUUUAAGCUGCAUGAUGUUAAGUUGGAAACUUCUACUGCCUAUCACCCACAAACUGAUGGGCAAACAGAGGUAGUAAACAAGAGUCUUGAAUCUUACUUGAGGUGUAUGAUCAGUGAAAAGCCUAAAGAAUGGAGCUUCUGGUUGCCACUUGCUGAAUGGUGGUAUAACACCAACUACCACUCUUCUCUAAACUCUACACCAUAUGAAGUAGUAUAUGGGCAAAAGCCCCCUCUUCAUCAACCUUACCUAGCUGGAUCAUCUUUUGUGGAGACGGUGGACAGAAGCUUAAGUGCAAGGGAGGCAGCCCUGAAUGUAUGCAAAUUCUAUUUGUCCAGAGCUCAAAAUAGGAUGAAACAGAUGGCUGAUAGAAGGAGAACAGAACGGGAGUUCCAGGUUGGGGAAUGGGUCUAUGUCAAGCUCCAGCCAUAUAGGCAGCAAACAGUUGCUAACAGGAGCUGCUUAAAACUGUCUGCCAAAUACUUUGGCCCUUACCAGAUAACCAAGAAAGUAGGGGAGUUACCUAAAGCAGUAUCUGAGUUGCCUAUGUUGAGUGGUGAUGGGACUUUGAUCAAGGAACCAAUUAGCAUUGUCUAUAGAAGGAUGGUAAAGAGGAACAAUGCUACAGUCACUGAAGUUUUAGUUAAUUGGUCCAACAGUUUCCCUGAAGAUGCAACUUGGGAAGUGUGCAAGUUGGAAGGAAAAGCACUUAAUGGUUCAAUUCCCGCAGGACUCAUUGACAGGAUAAACAAGGGUUUGCUACAAUUAAAAUCUUUAGAGGAUGACUUCAAGGUGGAGAUUGGUGGUUUGAGGUCAUUGAUGGUUGAAUGCCCGGAUGACAAGGACAUGCUUGAUAUGGCGACUGAGUAUUUGGGUCAGGCUUUGGAAGAAAAGAAGAGGCUGCAGAACUUGCUGCUCAAAUCAUUACUUCCGAGGGAUGAUGCCGAUGAGAGGGACUGCAUUUUGGAAGUGAGAGCAGGACCUCCUGAGAAUGGUGAACAUAAUGAUGGGGAUUUAGGGGAUAAUAAUCAGGAUGUGCAGGAGGAUAAUGGGGGUUUAGGGGAUGUUAAUGCAGAUGAUGGAGAGAACGUAGAGAAUGCAAAUGAAGUACGAGAUUUGGGAGAUCUGGGUGGGGCUGAGUUUGUUGAUAUUAAUAUAGAUGUGGGUUUAGGUUCGGCUGAAGAAGCUUUGGGUUUACAAGAUGAAGACCAAGGUGAAGUUGAUGAUAAAAAUGGAGAUGUAGAAGAGCCUGAUUCUGAUUAUGAUAGUGAUGUGUCUUCAUAUCAUGAUAGUUCAGGCUUUGGAAAGAUAGAAAGUGAUCCUGAAGAGGUGGUUGUUGAAGAAACAAGGAGAAAAAGGAAGUACCCCUUGUAUGAUGAGAAUGUUGCUUACCCAUUUAUUGAUUAUGGGAUGGUUUAUCUAAAUAUUGCACAGUUUAAGAGGGUUGUUAGUUUGCUUGCAAUUAAGACUAGAAGGGCUAUAAAAUUUACCAAGAACAAGCCUAUGGCAGUUCAAGCUGCAACAUCUUCGACUGUCUUCUCAACACCUAUAACUGCCACAACAACAAACAAUGUCUCUACAACUUCAAAGUCAGUAUCAAAAAAGAAAACCAAACCGGUUUCAAGGGGAAGAGAACCUGGCUAUAAUGUUGCUGAUGAUGAAAACAUAGUGAUGAUGUUUGGUGCAGGUCUAGCCCCAAUUCUCGGGCAAAGAUUGUUGAUCUUGAAGUCAGCUUUCCAACGGCUACUCAUACGCUUCAAACGGAGCUCUGGAUCAAAAGUUAUGGCCAAAAUACAGAAAGGUCGCCAAAUCUGGAAACAAGUGGAGAAGCUUCAAGGUGAAGAUACGCAUGGCUGCUGGGUGAUGCGCGCAUGGCAUGACCCCCGACUCCCCCUGGACGCCCAUGUGGAUGGCUUGUGCGCCCAGGGCAUUGCUCUCAGCCCCCAUGUCGCUAGCGCCAAUGUGCUUGCUGGUGGCAUGUCUCGACUAGCGCUGGGCGUCCCAUGUGGUUUGCCUCGCGACCCAUGUACUCCAGUGCUUUGA